AUGCAUUGUCAAUUACUUAUGGCAGAUCCUGUUAGUGAGAUAUUGCAGUGUUAUAUUGAUAGACUAGCUCAAGUUGUUCUUACUGAGGAAUCAGUUGAUCUCUUACAUACAGAGGGAUUGAUAUCUAAGGAUACAUUAACAGAAGUGAAGAGUUGCGGUUGUUCAUUGGUAGGAGAUCCAAUGUUACUAAUAUUAAGUGGUGUAGCUGAAGAUCAUAGCAAGUUAUGUACUCUGACAAGCAUUUUAAUGAAAUCACAGGAAGCAGUGUCUUUAGCUAGUGAUAUAAUAAUGGAAUAUGGAAAGUCAUUUCCUUCAGCAGUAACAGUGAUGCCACCAUCUUGUCAACAAGUAAAUACUUCAACAUCUUCAAGAUCUGGACAAUUACAAGAUAGUAGUAGUGAGACUCAAGUAGCUACCAAUACUGAUGCUACUCCACAAGAGUCUGAGAAGGAAGAGAGUAAAAAGAAGAUGACAAAAGCAGUGCAAACGGAAAUAGAUCAUUUACGAUCAUCUCUUCAAAGCAAAACAGGAAUAGAAGAAACGUUAAUUGGAGUAGAGAAAACAUCAAUUGAAAGAGAAAAGGAGAUAGAACAGUUACAGGAAAAGAUAUCAUUAAUGAAUAUACAACAACUGAAAGAAACUUCAAUUACUCUUAGUAUGUAUUACAUUAUGUAUUAAUUAAAGUACUGUUGAGAGUAGGUUACGGAAAUUAUUGUACAAGGGGCGGUUGAGAAGAAAAU